CAUUACACGACAGUGCGCAUGGGUGCUGCUGCUCGUGCCGGAGUCCUUCAGUGGGCAGCAUCUGAGGUCAGCAGGAGAGAACCGGUUCAACCGCCGGGAUCUCCGAAUUUACCGGGACAUCAGCAGUACCCUCCAGCAGAACGGUGAUGAUGAAGGAGUUGCCAAGUCAUGGAUAAAGCGCCACAAUGACACAUGAGACCCUCUCAAGCUCCCAGCUGUCUGCCAAGGCUGCUGCCCUGCUCAUGGUUGACCUACCGCUGUCCGUCUACAGCUCCCUGGCACAGGUGAGUGUCAGCACAGGCACCAAGAAGCUGGUGGCUGCCACUGCCUUCGGUGCCGUCUCGCUCCUCUUCCUCGCUCGUCGCUUCCAGAGGAGGAAGGGCAGAAAGAAGGCUCACUCGCGACAAUGGGAGCAGGCUGGCUUUGAGGUUUUCACCCCAGCUUCAGCAGAAAACGAUAACACCAGCCAGGCCAUCACUCUCUCCCUGAAUGGCUACUCCUCCGGCCUGGUCCUCACUGCAGGAGGCUACAGGAAGCUGUCUGGGUCUCUGCUGAGCCUGGCCUCGGUAAAAAGCAUGAACUCAUCCAGCAGCAGCACCUGCGCCAAUGAGUCCACCUGCUGGGACAGAGUGGGCGACGCUGACAUCUGCAGUGUGGUCAACGUACCUGUAGCCACACCUGAAAACCUGUACCUCAUGGGGAUGGAUUUGUUUGAGGAGGCUCUGCGGCGGUGGGAGGAAGCUUUGGCAUUCAGGAGCCAGCAGGGUGAGGACGAUGCGAGCUGUGCAUCCGUCAAGACAGGAGCUGGAGACGCCAUCGCUGAGCAGACCAUGGAGGAUGUCAUCAGUGCAGAGUUCGUCCACAGGCUGAAGUCUCUGCUGCAGAGGGCUUAUCACCUGCAGGAGGAGUUUGAGGGAGUGUUGGGAAUGUCGGAGCCCUCCACCCACAGCAGCAGCCAGGAUAAAAUGACCGACGCUUUGUCCAGAGAGGAGCUGGAUGACGCCUGUUUAAGAGACAGCAUCAGCAUCGCCUCCACCGACUCCUUUGUGUCUGCUGCUGAGCUGUCCGAGCACAGAGAGCUGAGGAGCGUCUUUGCUCUGGGUCACCACCGGUUCUACGAGGAGGCGCUGCAGAUGGCUGAAGACGGCAAGAUCUCCUGCAGAGUGCUGAGAACUGAGAUGCUGGAAUGUCUUGGAGACUUGGAUUUCCUGGCUAAGUUACACUGUGUGCGGCAAGCGAGUCAGCUCAUUUUGUGUGAGAGGACGACCAAGAUGUUUCUGGCCGAAACAGGAAAGAAAAUACUGUCUUCUAUUAUAGUUAAAGCACAAAAGAGCCCAAAGAGAUUUGAAGAAGUGUUUGAGGAGAUGAUUUCCUUCCUGGAGCACACGGAGCACUGGGAGGACACGGAGGUGGAGCUGGCCACACGGGGGGUGAGGCACUUGAACUUCUACGACAUCGUGCUGGACUUCAUCCUGAUGGAUUCAUUCGAGGACCUGGAGAAUCCGCCCAUCUCCAUCCAGAACGUGGUCAACAACCGCUGGCUCAACAGCUCCUUCAAGGAGACGGCGGUGGCAUCGAGUUGUUGGUCAGUGCUGAAGCAGAAGAGACAACACAUGAAGGUGGCCGACGGCUUCAUCGCUCAUUUCUACGCAGUGUGUGAACAGAUCAGCCCCGUUCUGGCCUGGGGCUUCCUGGGACCAAAGAGCUCCCUGCACGACUUCUGCUGCUUCUUCAAGGACCAGGUGCUCCACUUCCUGAAGGACAUCUUUGACCUGGAUAAGGUGCGCUACUCGUCGGUGGACAGCCUGGCGGAGGACAUGCUCCACCUGCUGCACCGACGCACCGAGCUGCUGCUGGCCUACCUGGGGGCCGACUCCCAGCGCCACCACAGCGGCUGUAACCCCGUCCAGGGGCAGCUGCUGCCCAGCGCCACCCUGCUGGACGCUCCGGUACAGUGACACACACACAAGGACGGCGUUUAUCCUGCGGUGAGUUCACACCGCCUGCUGGACCAAAGGACCUAUCCGUAGGUGUGAGCCGCCUCUGAAAGCCGCAGACUACAUCUCCCAUCAUGCCGUGCGCUCUGUACCUGUGGAUCCAGGUGUCUGCCUUCAUCUCUUCAUCUCCUCCCCUCCUCUCCACCGUGCCAUUUUAAAUACCAUAGCAAUAAGGUUUAACGUUGCUGUGAGACUGGCAGUGACUCUCUAGCGGUAGCUUUUAGAUAUUUAUUGCCAUUCAGAGCAGAAGCAGGUAUUUUACCGUAUUUAUUAAAGGAUGCAGGGUUUGUUUUGUAGAAGUUCUAGUUGUGCCUGUAUGUAUUAAUGUGGUCUGCUUCAAACAUCCAGUCGACUGUCAGGUAGAUUUAUUAGACGCAUUUAAACAUCCUGAGCAUCAGCAAUGCAACACUAUUAGAUGUAGGAGUGACCGAACACAGCGAGUCAGAAAAGAAACUGAACAUCUGGCUGCACAGAUGUUAUUUAAAAAAAGGGAAAAGCUUCAUGCAGGAUUUAACCCUCCUGUUGUCCUCAUUUAUAGCCACCAAAAAAUAUUGUUUCCUUGUCUGAAAAAAAAGCCAAAAAUUCAGCAAAAAAAUUCCCCAAAUUUCUGAAAAUUUGCAAAACCCUCUGGAAGAAAAUUCCAAUAAUUCCUUCAGUUUCCCCUAAAAGUUUCACUUCAAAAAAUCCCCCAAAUUUGGUAAAAAAUGAGUAAAAGUUUUCCAAAAAUUAGUAAAAAUAUCUAAAGCGAUUACAUAUAAAUCAUCUGUUUUCUUUAAGAACAUUCACUAAAAAAAUCUACCAAAAUUCAGCAAAAUUUGCUGCGUUUUGGUUCUUUUUGGGGGGGGGGGGAUUUUCUUCAGAAUUUUUUUUUCCACCAAAAAAUGUUAAAAAUGUGGACAUCAGAAGUUUCAUUGUGAAAAUAUAUUUUCCCCACAUUUUCAAACUUUAAAACGAGUCAAUGUGACCCACAGGACAAUAGGAGGGUUAAACGAGGCCCUGAAAUCAGACUCUGCUGCUGUUGGACUGCUACUCGGUUUGUCACGACGGACAAAAACACAAAAAGCCUUACGAUGAGCGCACAUAUUCGAGCUUCGUCUUUGUCUCUGAAUGUACGUCUGAGUCUCGUUUCUCUGAGGAAUCCCGCCGUCUGUCUGCUGAGGACACUACAGACGAGCGACGAUCCAGAUGUGGACAGAUGUGCGAUCGUCUGUUUCUGUAGGAUUUCACUCUUAAAGAUGGAGCGUGUGAUUCUGAUCCACCACAGCUUUUAUCACAUGCAGAUUAAAACACUUUUGCAGCGAGUCCUGCUCACGUUGGAGCUCGUGCACAGAACACGUUACUGUUCAGAUAUGUCCAAACUUCCACCAGGAUCACAGACGCCACCUUUCACGAGGUUUCAAGUCCGUCUUCGAACACCCCUCAUGACUCCUCCUGUUCAUACUGACCUGAAACACAACCCUAGUGGCUUUUAAAAUGAUCACCUUCUGAUAUUUAUGUGCUUUAAAGCCAAAAGAAGCAGAAAUCCGAAACACUAAACAUUUUAGGACGUUCUAAUGAACUUUUUGCAGCUUUUAAGUGCAGAGCUGCAGUGUCGGGUGGGUUUUUAAGGAUUAGAAGUGCAGGUGAAAGCAGUUUUGUCAAGAUUGUGAUCAUUUCAGCUUCUGAAUUUGAUGAAAGACCUUUGACAGAGUAGCUACUGAAACACAGGUGGUAGGAGUGACAAGAACAAAUGACCAAAGCAAGAAAAACAAAAAUAAAUGACUAAACCAAAAGACAAAAAUCACAAACGAUACCAAAGGAGAAACAAGUCAGACAGUAAAGACAAAAACAAGACAAAAUGGCAAAAGCUAGAAACAAAGCAACAAGAAAAUGAGAAAAGUCAGAUAAAAAAUAAAAAUGAGGCAAAUGAACAAUCUCGUAUUUUUACUUUAUGACUAAACAAAAUGUCAUGGUCUAGAAAUGAUUUUAAAUUUAUAGUUUUACUAAUUUACAAUCUGCAGUUAAUGUCUUCUCUGGAAUUUUUACUCUUUGAGGGCCGGAUUGGACCCUCUGGAGGACCACUUUUGGACCACGGGCCUCAUGUUGGACAGCCCUGGUUUAGAAGAGUUCGGGGUGUAUUUUCCAACAGGGUGAGGAUGUUUUCUGGCUCAGUAUGAACACAAGGAGCAACCAGAACCUUCCAAAGCACAGAUGAAGCGUGGUUUUGUGAAUGAAAGUCUUAUUUCUGACAGAUUGAAGAUGGUUUAUUUUAUGCAUUUUCACUUUGUUUUCUGUACAAAUCAUCAAUAAAAACUCUGAGUAUG